CAGAAAAGAUACAGAGGCAACCUGUAAGAAUACAAUAUUUCUGUCUGAUUCAACCACAUCAGAGAACAGCCUCAGAAAUGGGACCUUGGGAACAAAUCAAUUCUGUCACUGCCGCAGCGAUGGAGAGUUCGAAUUGAUAUUUUCAGCUAGAGAUGUCUAUCAGAGCUUCCUCUGGGCUGAUCCUUCAGAUAAAAAUCCAGCAAUCUUCUGUUUCAAUUCUUCUCUACUACAUUCUGUCACACUGGCUGUCAGGAAACCCAAUGAAGUUAUAAGAUUUUCACUGUGUGCUAAGCAGGUAAAGGUGCUGCCUUUCAGUGCCUUACUACUUUGUCUACCACUGAUGAUGGCAACAAGUUCAGUUAACACAGAUAAAGCUGAAGAGAAAAUGUAUUCCUGUCCCAUCAUUCAGUGUAGUGCUCCUGCAGUCAAUGGAUUACCAGGCAGAGAUGGAAGAGAUGGUCCCAAAGGUGAAAAGGGAGACCCAGGAGAAGGAUUGAGAGGUCUGCAGGGUUUGCCUGGAAAAGCAGGACCUCCAGGAUUAAAAGGAGAGGUAGGACCACAAGGAGAGAAAGGUCAAAAAGGAGAACGUGGAAUCGUUGUAACUGAUGACCUGCACAGACAAAUAACAGCUUUGGAAGCAAAAAUACAGGUAUUGGAAGAUGACUUAAAUAGAUACAAAAAAGCCAUGACCUUAAAGGACAUUGUGAACGUUGGUAAAAAAAUGUUUGUCUCAACUGGAAAGAAAGAUAACUUUGAAAAUGGAAAAUCCCUUUGUGCAAAAGCUGGAAGUGUACUUGCCUCUCCUAGGAAUGAGGCUGAGAAUAGAGCUUUAAAAGACUUAGUUACUCCUUCAAGGCAAGCUUAUAUUGGGAUAUCUGAUGCACAAACUGAGGGCAGAUUCAUGUACCUGAGUGGUGGGCCUUUAACUUACAGCAAUUGGAGACCUGGAGAACCGAAUAAUCAGAAAAAUGAAGACUGUGCAGUAAUAGAAGACUCUGGAAAAUGGAAUGAUUUGGACUGUUCAAAUUCAAAUAUCUUAAUUAUUUGUGAAUUGUGAAUAGCUGAUAAAUCUAAGGAAAACCAACUUUCUUUUCUCGGUUGUGUGGCUGAUGUAGAAGUUUGUUACUAUACUGGUGAAUAGAAUAUUCAGAACCAGAUUAUAAGUUUUCUCUUUGACAUCCAGUUUUGAAUCUCCUAAUGAAACAGGCCUAUCUGUUCACUCAUUGUGAAUUAAUUUGUUUACCACGUGAUCUGCUGAGGAUCUUAUGUUUAUGUUACAGGCUUCAGAAGGGUUUAACUCCAUGUCAGCUUCAGUAUAAUCCCCUGGACACGGUGCCUACUAAUAUUUGAAAUGUAUUUUCCAUUUCAUGUCCUAGCACAAUCUGACUUCUUAGAUUUGUCUGCACUUUGUGAACUUAAAAUGUGAGCCAAAAUAAAUUUUACACGUUUAAACCAUAGAUCUCAUUUAAAAACAUGGAAAUGUUGAGUUAAGAGAGCAUUUUGAAUCUUGUUUAUGGAAUAUAAUGAGCUAUUUUUAAACAAAUUAUUAUUAGGUGAUUUAGCUAAUAAAUGGUAUUUCUGCUCCAUUGCACUCAUACAUUCCAAAUCUGACAUAUCAAUCAAACAGGUGUUCAUAAUGUGGAAUUGUGGUUCAGAGACCAUGACUUGAUCUUGGCCAUAUUACUGUCACACGUGGGAAUAUGGUUUCCUCAGAGUCUGAGAAGAAAAGCACAUCCCAUUUUUUCCUCUGCAUUUCUGUCAAGAUCCUACAAUGCUGACAGCAGCCUAGCACUGGAAAUAAUAAUUGAUGAAUUCUCUUCAGCUGGUAAAAAUAAAGUGUCUGUCUACAAGCACUGUGAUGUAAAACUCAGCCUUCACAGAAGACCUCUCCUAUUUCUCUCUCUCCACAAGCCUCUUUGUAACUUAUCCACUUUCUUCUGCUCCUGUGAGAAGUACUGUGACCUAGUAGGUGACCAACAACCCAAAAACCUCUUCCUGAAGUGUGUCUGAAAGAUCCUUGUUGUGCUCUCUUCUCACCAGCAAAUGCACAGGAGAUAAGCACUCUGGUUUGUUUGUUUGUUUUGUUUUGUGCAUUGUUGGUUUGAUUUUUUUUUUCCAGUUUUGUCAAGGCAAAGCCAAAUGCUGCAGUGUACAUCUAGAUUACUCACUCAGCCUCACAACUGAAAUUGUUGCUAUAGAGUCUGUUGUUAUGGAGAUACAUUUAGCUGUUGUCAUGCUUGCAAACAAUAAAGAGUAGAGCUUUUUUAUUUGGUCAGAUAGUAAGCUCUCACCCUACUCAAUACAGAGGCUCUACAUGGAGCACAAAGAAACUGUGGCUCUAAUAUAUUCUCCAGAAGUUCUCAAGUAUAAAAUAGUCUUAACUGGGCUUAGUUUAUAACAGCUCUGAAGUUAAAAUAACAUCAUACUUUGUCACAAGAGACAUUUUAGACCGCAGGAAAAAAAAUAAUUACAGAGAUUGUUGAAGGAUAUGAAUUUUCUAGAGCAUGAGAUAUAUGCUAAUCUGCAUCAUGUCUUCCUUGUUAGUAACAAUGUGAACUGCAUUCCUCUCCUUCACUAAUUGGUGUCCUACAGCUAUGAAAACAAGAACUGUUAACAUUUUGCCUGGGAGUUUUUAAUCAGUAUUUAUUAUAUGAAAAUGCAGGAGAAGGUUCAAUAUUUAAAAGUCAGAUUUGGGUUAAUUUAGGACAAAAAAGAUACAUUCUAGAGAGUACAGUCUUGUCAUGAUCCUAUGAUUAGAGAUCUGUGGUAACUCAGUCUCCAGUGUAUUUACUUGGGAAGAGUAAGUCAGUCUGCUGUGAGGUUAUCUUCAAAAACACUGUGGUAUGUUCUGUGACCCUUUCAUUUGAAGCUGGGUGAAGAUCAAUGCCUCCAGUAGGUCAGCUGGUAAGUCACUGUGUCUUAGCUGCUGAUUUGAAAAGAAUUUGGGGUAAUAUUUUGCAGAUGUAAAUGGCUCUGUUUUCCUGUUGUUUUGAAAAUUUAAUUUCACCUCAUAACGCUAAAAAUGAACUGUCAAAAUCUUAAUGCUCUGUGAGAAUUUCUCUUUUAGACUGCAUCUACAGCUUCAGUUGUGCUGAGAGAAACCAUUAUAAAAUGAUAAUAUAAGCUUUUGGGAUCUGUAGUAGUUAGGUGACAGUGGUAAGAAUAAAUAUAAUGGCGCUUGCAUAUACAUCUUUGAUAUUUCUUUGCACACUACGAUUUUAAAAUAAAAAUAUUCAAAGUAAA